CGUACCUUUGCCCUCCGUCACUUCUCUCCUUCUUCUCCCCGGUCUGUUACUUUCCUGGACUUGGGCACUGAGGUAGCACAUCUCGGCCGGUGCUGCAAAAUUUCUAAACUUCUUCCCCCCUUCAUACCUCAAAAGUCCAAUUCCCUUCAGGUGCCUUUUUUUCUUUUCUUGGGACAUUUGGGAAAUUGUCUACUGCGCAGAUCCGGGGAUCGGUGUGUUAGGAGAGACGUACCAUACGCUUUUAGCCAACGAGAUUGUUUGGUGAGUUAUUGACUUCUCGUUUCCCUUGCUUCAGAAUGUCUAGACUUUUCUCCUGGCGUUCCUUAAACACGCGCCUUUUACCCCUCCACCAUUCCAUUCCUACCGUCCACCAUUCCACUUCCACCCCGCUACUUCUAGCCUCUCCGCCACUCUGUCUCCCUUACCCAGGGCACUUCCACGCCACUUCUAAAUAGCUUCAUUUUUCCAUACGGGACUCCCGCUCCCACAAUUUGCUCUUCGUAUUUGCUUCCUCUACUCAAUUGAGUCUGACAAGUUUGCUUCUAGCACCCGGCGAUUCUAGCGAGCCCUUUGGCGGCCAUACUUCCACCUGUGCUCUGCCUUUGAACCACUCAGAAAACUUCCACCCACACAACCGCCAAUAUGCACAUCAAGGCUAUGCUCGACGAGUCCCGGAGGACGGGCGAGCCCUCCUUCUCCUUCGAGUAUUUCCCUCCUAAGACGGCCCAGGGUGUCCAGAACCUCUACGAUCGUAUGGAGCGCAUGUACCACUUCGGUCCCAAGUUCAUCGACAUUACAUGGGGUGCUGGCGGCCGCAUCGCCGAGCUCACCUGCGAGAUGGUCCUCCAGGCACAGUCCAUCUACGGUCUCGAGACCUGCAUGCACUUGACUUGUACCGACAUGGGCCUAGAAAAGGUCAACGACGCUUUGCGCAAGGCCUACAAGGCUGGCUGCACCAACAUCCUAGCCCUGCGUGGCGACCCCCCGAGAGAGCAGGAGAAGUGGGAGGCCACCGACGACGGCUUCCGCUACGCAAAGGACUUGGUCAAGCACAUUCGUGCCACCUACCACGACCACUUUGACAUUGGUGUUGCUGGCUACCCCGAGGGCUGCGACGACAACAAGGACGAGGAGCAGCUGCUGGACCACUUGAAGGAGAAGGUCGAUAUGGGCGCGACCUUCAUUGUCACACAGAUGUUCUACGACGGCGACAACUUUGUUCGCUGGGUCGGCAAGGUUCGCGAGCGUGGCAUUACCGUCCCCAUCAUUCCCGGUAUUAUGCCAAUUGCCACCUACUCCAGCUUCUUGCGCCGCGCAAAGCACAUGAACUGCAAGGUGCCUGAGGAGUGGAUGGCUGCUCUGGAGCCUAUCAAGAACGACGACGUCGCUGUUAGAGAGGUCGGCAAGGGUCUGGUCGCCGAGAUGUGCCGGAAGAUUGUUGCCGCUGGCAUUCACCAUCUGCACUUCUACACCAUGAACCUGGCUCAGGCCACCAGAAUGGUUCUUGAGGAGCUGGAAUGGAUGCCCACGAGCGACCGCCCUGUGAAGCAUGCUCUUCCCUGGAAGCAGUCCCUGGCCCACGGACGCAGAGAGGAGGAUGUACGCCCCAUCUUCUGGAAGGGCCGUAACAAGUCUUACGUUCUUCGUACCCAGGACUGGGACGAGUUCCCCAACGGACGCUGGGGUGAUUCUCGAUCUCCCGCUUUCGGCGAGCUGGAUGCCUACGGUAUUGGCUUGACCGGUACGAACGAGCAAAACAGAAAGAAGUGGGGCGAGCCCAAGUCAGUGAAGGACAUUGCCAACAUCUUCGUCCGAUACCUUGAGACGGAGCUCGACUCAUUGCCUUGGAGUGAGGCACCUCUCACUAGCGAAGCCGAUCCCAUUCGCGAAGAGCUCAUUGGUUUGAACAAGCGUGGCCUCCUGACCAUCAACUCUCAACCUGCUGUCGACGGCGUGAAGUCGACCCAUCCAGUACACGGUUGGGGACCGGCAAACGGCUACGUUUACCAGAAGGCUUACCUCGAACUCCUCGUUCACCCCGAUGUGUACCAUGAGAUCGUUGCCCGCGUCGAGAAGAACCCUGAUAUGACUUACUACGCCACCACAAAGACUGGCAACUUGAAGUACAACGCUUCAAACGACAGCCCCAACGCUGUUACAUGGGGUGUCUUCCCAGGCAAGGAGAUUGUCCAGCCCACCAUUGUCGAGGGUAUCAGCUUCAUGGCCUGGAAGGACGAGGCUUUCCGCUUGGGUAUUGACUGGGCACACUGCUUCGAGGCUGGGUCUCCCAGUAGAACCCUUGUUGAGCGUAUCAUGAACGAAUGGUACCUCAUCAACAUCGUAAACAACGACUUCCACCAGAAGACAGCUCUCUUCGACUUGCUCGAGGGCCUUGAGGUCAAGGAAUACAGCGACAUUUCGGCUGAGCCUCAGACAAACGGAGCCGCCAAGGAACAACAAACCAACGGCAGCGCUCCUGCCGCCGCAGUUGCGGCAAACUAACGAACGAUUCAUUCUGACUUGUGUUUAACACACCCCCUUUACUACUAUUUACCUAAGUAUGCAUCAUGAGCGGCGUUUUCAACAGGGCAAAAGGGGGUCAACUUUGUUUUUUCCAACAAAAAACUUUUUCAAGUGGGCAUGUUUCUAUCCAUGGCAUUCAAGCGGUAAAUGCAUGAGGUGAAACCAAAAUUCGAACACACAAAUCACACCACACCACACAACAAAAGUCAAGGAGAAGAGGAAACGGACAGGAAGGGAAAGCAACGGAGCAAAUGCAUAUAUCUCAACGAUACCCCCCAUACAAACGGACCACAAGUUUCUUUUCCCCAACGAGAAGAAAAAGGUCCGGGAGAACCACACAAACAACCAGAGAGCAAGGAGUUUCAACACGGGUCUGUUUUUUUUAUUUACACUUAGAGAUGAAUUCUCUUCUUAUUUGUCACAAGCGUGUUCGGAAUUCUUUUUUCACGUUGGAUAGCAGCAACACACGCUUGUGUAUGCUAUGGAAUGAGGGAAAUGACGACGAAACGCAGGAAGGGAGGAGGAAAAGGGAUUGAUCGCGACUGCAGCAUGAGGUGACUGCGACGGGUCGAAAAAAAGGGGGAGAUGAGUUGGUGAGGAUGGAUGGAGGGAAUUUUGUGGACUAGUAUCGUCGUCUAGUCUAUCUUCAGAGCCAAAUCAACUUGGGCUCGACUGUUUCCUCAAACUUCA